GUAAAAGAAGCUGAUUCAGCCCGCGGAGGCGAAGGGAGGGCUGUACAAGAGGAUUCCCAAAACCGAGCCAGCUCGCUGCCUCCUCAGGACUAAACCGGAGCAGCGUGGCCGCGGAAGGAGCGAGAGACUCGCCGGAGGAGAGGGGUGGGAAAGAGCCCGGACUCCCAGCUGCGUCCCGGAUGCGGACUGUCAACUUCCAGCAACUUUAAGAUCUCCGCGGGUCGCCUAGCGAAGAUGCCUCGACCGGGCAGAAACACUUACAGCGAUCAGAAGCCUCCCUACUCCUACAUCUCGCUGACCGCCAUGGCGAUCCAGAGCUCCCCGGAGAAGAUGCUGCCCCUGAGCGAGAUCUACAAGUUCAUCAUGGACCGCUUCCCCUACUACCGGGAGAACACACAGCGCUGGCAGAACUCCCUCCGUCACAACCUCUCCUUCAACGACUGCUUCAUCAAGAUCCCGCGCCGCCCCGACCAGCCGGGCAAGGGCAGCUUCUGGGCGCUGCACCCCAGCUGCGGGGACAUGUUCGAGAACGGCAGCUUCCUGCGCCGCCGAAAGCGCUUCAAGGUGGUCAAGUCGGACCACCUGGCCCCCAGCAAGCCGGCGGACGCGGCGCAGUACCUGCAGCAGCAAGCGAAGCUACGGCUCAGCGCCCUCGCGGCCACCGGCACCCACCUGCCCCAGAUGUCCACGUACAACCUCGGCGUGUCCCAGCCCUCCAGCUUCAAGCACCCCUUCGCCAUCGAGAACAUCAUCGCCAGAGAGUACAAGAUGCCCGGGGGCCUCGCCUUUUCCACGAUGCAGCCCAUGCCGGCCGCCUACCCGCUCCCCAAUCAAUUGACUACGGUGGGCAGCUCCAUCGGCACGGGCUGGCCCCACAUGUACGGCUCCGGCAUGAUCGACACCGCCACCCCCAUCUCCAUGGCCAGCAGCGAGUACGGCGCCUACGGCGUGCCCAUCAAACCGCUCUGCCAUGGGGGGCAGACUUUGCCGGCCAUCCCCGUCCCCAUCAAGCCUACCCCUGCCGCGGUGCCAGCCCUGCCCGCCCUGCCCGCGCCCAUCCCCACCAUCCUCUCGAACUCGCCGCCCUCCCUCAGCCCCACGUCCUCGCAGACGGCCACCAGCCAAAGCAGCCCGGCCACCCCCAGCGAGACUCUCACCAGCCCGGCGCCCGCCCUGCACUCCGUGGCCGUGCACUGACCCGGGCCGCCUGCACGGACGCUGCCUUCCCCUUUCUCUCAAAGUUUCCUCGGAGCUCUCCUCCCUCCCCUUCUCUCCCUCCUUCCGCUUCUUCCCCUCUCCUCUUUUCCUCGAAAGCAAAGACGACUCCCCGCGGGAAACCGAGGUUUGCCCUUCGCGUGAGCUCCCUUUCCGCUUCGCCCCUUCAGCCGAGCCCUCCCCGGCGGCUCGGCUUCUCCCCUGGUUCUGAACUUUGUUUUCCGUUCUUCUGAGGCGAAAGGAACCGGCCCGGCCCGCCCCCUCCCACCCGGUAGGAGCUGCCACUUGCACCGCUAGUUUUCCAAAAGUACUUCAGGCAUCUUCGAUUUGUCGGCGACCAGGCAAGGCUGGCUCGGCGAUGCCUCUUUCCCUUCUUUUGUCUGGGGAAAAGCAGGGGUUUAUACAGGACCAAUCUUUAGCACCAUAAACAAGGAUGGCCGCUGUGUCACUGCACGAGGGCAGCGACGUUUCCAGCCUCCAAGCAGCAAAGACUUGGAUCUUGGAAACGCCGGGAAGCGCUCGGUGUCCUUUUGUGUGGGUGCGUGUCCCGUCGAGCCGCCAAGGGCAGGGUUUCCACGGGGCAGGGCCGCGGCCCCGAGCAGCAGCAGGAGCAGGAGGAGCAGCACCAGGAGCAGCACCAGGAGCAGCAGCAGCAGCAGGAGCAGCAGCAGCAGCAGGAGCAGCCGGAGCAGCAGCGCCAGGAGCAGCAGGAGCGGGGCGCGGGUGGCCGCGGCCCGCAGGCAAAAGCUCUUUUCUUCCGGAGGAUGAGUUGGAGCCCGGCUGUGCAAGGUAAGCCCGAGAACCCAGCCGGGCUUGGCGGCUCGGGGGUUUGCUUCAUGUCAGCGCAC